CUCCCGCUGGCGGUGCUGUGUCUGUGGAGGUGCGGGCUUCUUCUGCCGGUGGCUUCUGUGGCGGCGGCUCCUCCAAGAUGUGCAGAGAACUCUUCCUCCGUGCUGUCCUAGGGCUGGGGCCCGGGAGAUCUUCCUGAGAGUUUGCUUUUGCAGACCUCGCGCCUUCAGCUGGAAUGUUCCUUCUGAAUGCCCGUCCUCUGGCAGCUUUUCAGACCCAGUGGGCACCGUUUGGCUGUAACGCCCCCUGUAGCGUCCCCACAUCGCUUCCUGCGCAGGUCGCCACCUCAGAUGUUGACGGUGCUACAGACAGUCCACAGAGCGAGGAGUCUUCUCUGACUGUGAACCUUGAACAUGAGCAGAUUAUGCAGAAGAACAGAGAGGGGGAGAUUAAUAUCGACAGAGGACUGAAUCCCGCUUCUUCCCUCUUCAAAGGCCACGUGAGAGAAAAGGCUUUGCUCAUCGUCCCGGCGCAGUUCAAAGACAUUAAAGAGGAGGGCGCAGAUUUCGAGGCUCUUGCUUUGGACUCGGACAGCGAUGAUUCUGUAGACAGAGACAUUGAAGAAGCUAUACAGGAAUACCUAAAGAAUAAGGGCAGCGCCGCCCCCAAAAUCCCAAACAUUCCCAAUAAUGAUGCCGACAAGGUGAAAGCCGUUCAGUUUAAUGUCCCAGCCCGGAGGUCUCCCAUCAAAAUGGUGACGUCACCUAACAUGUGUGAUUCCUUCCCCGUGCAGGGCCUGUCCCGAUGCGCCUCACCUGACAGCGUGGGGAGCGAUGACUCCUUUGAGCAAAGUAUCAAGGAGGAAAUUGAGCAGUUUCUGAUUGAGAAGAAGCUGCAGAACAAUGUGAGCGAGUCCAGCAUCAGUAAGAAAGCAGCAGCCGGUCACCCUGCGGCCAAACCGAAACCAGGCUCCAAGCAAGGGAUAAAGGUGCCGACAUUGAAAUCAGCCCCCGAAAGCCUUAGUCUACAUUCGAAGACUCUCAAACCCAAUGUCCGCCUCAAGACUGUGUCCGGCUCGGGUAAGCUGACAGUCUUAAGACCACUGCCCCCUCCUCCCGCUCCGUGUAUCGAGCUCUCCGACUCCAGCAGUGAUGAUGGGAUCGAGGAAGCCAUUCAACAGUUCCAGUUGGAAAAAAGUAGAUUAGAAGGAAAUCUUAGCUCCGCUCCCUGGACCUCUCAGGAGAAAGAUGGGAAAAGCCCAAGGGACGCAAUAUCGGACAUUGGUCACUGCCAGAUGAAGGGCUUUCCUCCUGAAUCCCAGAAGAAGACAGCAGACUACAGGAAGAGAAAGCUGCCUAACGUCAAACCAGCUGCAUCUCAAGACUUCACCAGUAAGAGGGCAUUUCAUUUUGGAGAUGAGCAGAGUCUGGAAUACAAACCUGAGCUCGCAGCGACAAGGAGGGCAGAGACCGCAGCGGAGCUGAUGUGUGCGGAAGCCAUACUGGACAUCUCCAAGGCCAUAUUGCCUUCACAACCUGAAAGUUCUUGUCCAGUGUUGCAGGACAAGCCCUCAGCUGCUGCUGCAUCCCCAUGUUCCAGCGACAGCUCGGUUGACAGCGAUGACAGCAUAGAGCAAGAGAUAAGAACAUUUUUGGCUCGUAAAGCUCAAUCUGAGAGUCUUGGUGCAACCUCAUCCAAGCAGUCCCCAAAGGAGCAAAGGCCUGAACCCCAAAAACAGCCGUCACUUCCCAAUAACAAGGCUACUGGGACGAGUAGAGGCAGAGUAAAUGAAAGUAAGGGUAUACUGAAGGGCUCUCCUGGGAAAGGUACAGACUCUGUGAAUGUUGAUAGCUGCACAGUAAAUGCAGUCGUACCCUUUAGUCAAAACUCGAUGGGCCAAAGUACAGAGACUUGUCCUGACGACAUUAAGCCUCAGUGCCAGCCAGAGGAUGCCAAGCAUCACAUUAUCCAGGCUAUGGAAAGUCUUGAGUCUUCUCCAAGAGCAAGUGCAGGUAAACGGAAAAUGUACAUGAAAGUGAGAGGUAACUGCAGCGGAGAUAAGAGUAGCUCCUUGGACAGUGAUGAGGACUUGGACUCUGCUAUAAAGGACCUGCUGAGGUCCAAAAGAAAAUGCAAAAAGAGACCAAAGGACGGUAGACCUCCGUGUAAGAAGAAGGUCCGAUUCGGAGAAACCACUACUAGACUGUUGGAAUCAGUGGGUGGAACGCAGCAGAAGGAUUGCAAUCCCAGACCCCUUGUCGAAAGCUACCUUGUAAUUUCCAGUGAUUUAAAAGAGAAUUCCUUCAAGAGGUCAAAGCUAAGCUUGAAACUAAAAGAGGAGAAAAAGAUCCCAGUGGGAAAUACAGAGUUGUCUCAUGUUAGCAAACCGCUCGAGUCUAAACCAGCGUGUGCCUCCAACAUGUCCAUAAAGAUAAGUAGUGCCUUGCCUGAUACUCAGGACAGCAGCUCUGUGGACAGUGAUGAUAGCAUAGAGCAAGAAAUAAGGAAAUUCCUGGCCGAGCGAGCACGGGAGUCUACAGAACCGUCUGCAGCGCAAAAGAUAACCGCUCCAGUGACCGCUCCGACCGUCAUCAAGACUGAGCCUGCUCCAGCCUGCAUCAGUAGUCCUGUACCCAUAAAGAAGGACCCCAGAGCCUCCACAUGCAGUCCAGCACCUAUAAAGAAGGAACCUGGAGCCUGCACAGUUAGUCCUGCACCUAUAAGGAAUCAACCUGGAGCCUGCACAGUUAGUCCUGCACCUAUAAGGAAUCAACCUGGAGCCUGCACAGUUAGUCCUGCACUCAUAAAGAAGGAACCCAGAGCCUGUACAGUUAGUCCUGCACCUAUAAGGAAUCAACCUGGCGCCUGCACAGUUAGUCCUGCACCUAUAAGGAAUCAACCUGGCGCCUGCACAGUUAGUCCUGCACCUAUAAGGAAUCAACCUGGAGCCUGCACAGUUAGUCCUGCACUCAUAAAGAAGGAACCCAGAGCCUGUACAGUUAGUCCUGCACCUAUAAGGAAUCAACCUGGAGCCUGUACAGUUAGUCCUGCAACCAUAAAGAAGAAACCCGAAACCUCCACAAGUACUCUUUCACCCGUAAGGAUAGAACCUGGAGCCUUUACAGUUAGUCCUUCAACCAUAAGGAAUGAACCCGGAGCCUCCACAACUACUCCUGCACCCAUAAGGAAUGAACCCGGAGCCUGCACAGUUAGUCCUGCACUUGUAAAGAAGGAACCUGGUGUCUUAUCAAGUUCCGUGACUGAGACCAUUCUCCAGAAAGUCCGCGAGAAAGAUCGCUCCACCCAUGCAGGCCCACCGCCUGCUGUCAUACAGCGCCUGUACGGUUAUAAAGACACCUUACCUCCUGUAGCAAGGUUGCAGCAUCCUACAGGUAUAGCCCCGGCGACCACUCCUUUACAUGGCGUCAUUGUCAAGAGAGACUGCAUUGUAGAUCAGAAGAGGGUUGUGAGGCCGACUGAGAAAACGCUUCCUGCCACCCCCGACAGAGUAGUUGUGAAAACUGGUGUUAACGGUUCUCAAGGGAACAUCCCGAUCUCGGGGAACUUUGUCGCCGGUCUCAAAUACAUUUCUGGAACUGAACAACAGCUUCUCUUAAAUGUGGGGAAGACUGGGACGGCCAGGCUGGCCACCGACUUCUACAGUCCUGCAGGGACCAUCGCACCGCUGGGGAGUUGUCAGAAAAAAACAUUCAUUUUUGAACAGCCUAAGGUUGUACAGGCCCCGGCCUUCUCUCUCGGCACCCCCAUGGUCCGCCCCGCACUGUAUGUCGUGACCACCAAAGUGGUGCAAGAAACUUCGGCCUCUUUGUGUCUCCCCAUCAACACGGCGACCUACGAUGCCGGCCUGAACUUAAUGAGCAUUCAGUACUGUCCCGGUCAGGUAGCGUCUCGCGCAUCAGCAUGCACUGCCCCCUUCUCCUUUCAGCAAACCCAGAACAGCGAGACCAUGGUCGUUACCCCCGGCAAGGCAGGAGAGAUCCCCACCCUCAUUACCAAAGCAAGAGCAAACCAGACGCCGUCAGGGCUGCUAGAUGGCGGAAGUGCUAACGUUACUGGCAGAGCAGCAGGCGAUGUAGAGGCAGGAGCUAGUAUGGUGCAGAAGGACCAGGUCUGCUCCAUAGACCCAGGAUGGAUGACACGUUCCUAUAUAUCCCUGUCCCCCGAGGAGAUCUGUAAGCGCUUACACCUGCGCAGAAGAGCGGAUAGCAUCAUGUCUCAGGGACAUUCUAUAGACGAUAAGCGGUGUUCUCCUCACAUCCUCGCCAUUCAUUAUUGCAGAUGUCUCCCGUCUUUUUUCUUCUCCAAAGAACAAGAAAUCGGUUUUCCCAUCUUUGCUCGAGGUUUUCGUCUUCUGAUGAUAUGACGUCUCACAGAUACUACAUGGAUCACGUCUUGUAUCCAGGGCUGCUCUCGUGCAGCAUUGAACCUGUUUGCAGGUUAAAUCCAUUCCUGUUCUCAGUGAUAUCAUGUCUUGUACUCCAGUCACACCUGUAGCUGCAUCCCCAGUUCUGACGUUACUUUGUGUGUAAUAAUCCGGUUACAUCUAAAGCUGCAGCAGCUUCUCUCCAUCAAUUCCUCAGCAGCAAUCUGUUCCCGAAGGGCUUUUCCAGUAACAUCAAGUCAUUUCCUAUCCACAGAGUAAGAGAUAUCCUGAGAGCUCACAGGAGAUCAGCAGAAUUGUGAAUGCAGCUCUGGGUGGGAGCGGAGUGUAAGGCUUAAUUUAAGGGCUCAUGCACAUGAACAUGUGCCGCCCGUGCCUUGCAUUGGGGACCGCAAAUUGCAGUCCCCAAUGUACGUGCAUCGUCUGUGUGGCCGGCGCUGACGGAUUCAGACUCAUUCAACUUGAAAGAGUCUGCGUUCCGAGACUCCGCACCGAAAAAAAUAGAGCAUGUUCUGUUAUUUGUGGUGCGGAGGCACGGACCGAAAUGCCACAGAAGCGCUCCUUAGUGCAUCUGUGGCCUUCCGAUCUGUGCCUCCGCACCAUAUCUUUCGAAUUGCAGACCCAUUUAAGUAAAUGGGUCUGCAUCCGUGAAGCAGUGCGCACACGGCCGGCGCAGUAUUGCGGACCCGCUGUCUGGUACACGUUGUCUUGGGUGCAUGAUCCCUAACUCUGAUUGUAUCUCAGUCCAGGCUGCUGGGUAUGAUAUGAGUGCUGGACAUUUGGGUUUACUGCGUCUUCCUGGGACCCUCGUACGGCCAGGGCGAGCAGUUCCCGUUAUAAUGAGCUGUUAGGGAGUUUCUAUUUAAGCCAAAACCCCUGAUAUGCAGAAAUCAAUGAUAAAGACUGUUUACUGUAGAUUUUAAGGGCAUUAAUACUUUUGUUUACUAGGGUUACAUAAUUGAACACAGAGGCUGCUGUCGUUUUCUGAUAUUUGUUGUGUUAACCUCCGGGGGGCGCUGUGUUUAGAGGGGCUUCCGGUCCCUUCCCACAGACAGCUCAUCUAUACAGUUGAGGGGGCGAGCUGUAAUACAGUGUAUAUUGGAUGAGGGUGGGGCUACCUCCAGGUUAUUCUGUUACAUUGUAUCAUUGUGGUUCUGUACAACCACCAUUCAGACGAGAGCUCCUGAUUGGUUGUUAUACUUUUUGAUUCUUUGUUACUUGUUAUUGUGUCAUGUCACACAGGUAUGAUAGGCGGGGGCCACUGCAAGGAUAAAGGGGCCAAACCUAGACACACAUGGGCUGUUUCUAUGAGUCAUUUUAUGGACUGUGGCCUCGUAAUGAAGACUAGGGGCCCCUCAGUAAUUGUGGCCCCACCUGUAAUACCUUAAUUGACAACCCCUUUAAGGUUGGUGGUGAGGAUGGUGUAGAUGCUGUACCUGUAAUGUGGGGGCGACAUUUUCAUUGUGUUUGUAAAGCCUCCUACUCGUUCUAUACAGGAACAUUCUUCACCUCAAUAAA